CUCUCCUGUUGCUGUGAUUCUGAAGACAGGGAGAGAAGUAGCCUACGCUGCUGCUGGUGUUGCUGCUGCUCAGAUGGGUCGGAUGAGUUUUCUGAAACUAGGACAUUAGACAAGUUUGUGGCUCUUUAUGGGCAACUGCUCUGUCACUGACUUCAGCUGCUUGUGUUCAGAGUUUAUAGCAAUUUGGGGAUCCAGUCCCCAGUGAAGCCCUUUCCUGACAGGUGCGCGCAGUGCGCAGAGAGGAUGGGCAGACGUGAGGCGGACAGCAGAGGCGCAAUGAACACCAGCGACCGCUCCGAGCUCGGUUGUCUGCAGGACGCGGCAUCCAGCGGCCACCGAGCCGGUGAGGAGUCCCCGAGGCUGGACAGCCGCCGUCCCUGCAGCGCAGACAGGCGGCAGCAGCAGAGAAACCCAGAAAUGGAGGCGGCGGCGGGGCGGUCACCGGCAGCCACAGCGCCGAUGGAAGUGAAGAAGCACCAGCACAAACACAACUUGAAACACCGCUACGAGGUGAUGGAGACUCUGGGGAAAGGCACCUACGGCAAAGUGAAGAAGGCGGUGGAGAGAGCAAGUCUGAGGACGGUGGCGAUCAAGUCGAUCCGCAAGGAGCGCAUCACUGACGACCUGGACAAAAUUCACAUCCAGAGAGAGAUCGAGAUCACCUCCUCGCUCAGCCACUCCAACAUCAUACGCUUCCACGAGGUGUUUGAGAGCCGGGAUAAGAUCGUGAUAGUGAUGGAGUAUGCCAGCAGAGGAGAGCUGUACGACUUCAUCCAGGAGAGGAGGAGACUGCCCGAAGCAGAAGCCAGAAGCAUCUUCAGACAAAUCACAUCUGCUGUCCACUACUGCCACAAGAAUGGUGUUGUGCAUCGAGACCUCAAACUGGAGAACAUCCUUUUAGAUCAAGAUUUUAAUGUAAAGCUGGCCGACUUUGGCCUUUCCAAUCAUUUCCAGAGGGGCACUCUGCUGCAGACCUACUGUGGAAGUCCACUCUAUGCUGCCCCAGAGAUAGUGAAAGGACUGCCAUACCAGGGGCCAGAGGUGGAUUGCUGGGCGCUGGGGGUGUUGCUCUAUGCUCUGGUGUACAGCAGCAUGCCAUUUGACGGAGCGAGUCACAGCACACUCACUGAGCAGAUCAGCCAAGGUCGCUACCACAGACCCAACCCCCCCUCAGAUGCCUGCGCUCUUAUCGACUGGUUGUUGACAGUGCGUGUGGAUGAGAGAGCCACGAUAGAGGAUGUAGCCAACCACUGGUGGGUAAACUGGGGUUAUGAAGAGAGUGUGUGUGACUGCCCUUCAUCUCCACACCAAGAAUGCCCCUCCCCCCUGCUGGCUCGCUACAUCGACUGGCAGAAUCGGGUCGCCGCUGCCAGCAACAUGACUGUUGACUCAGGGUGCCUGUCCACAGACUCCUCCUGUCCAACUCAGCGCUCUCACCACCCCUUUUACUUCAGCUUACCUCUGAAGAGCGAUCGUGGAGGAGGAGGAGGAGGAGGAGGAGGUGGCGGAGGGAGGAUACGUGGAGGAAUGUCAAGCGUCAGGAAGUCACGCAAGGAGAAUGCGAUUCCCCAGACUGCACAGGGAGCAUGUGGUGGUAUUUGUGCAACAGCUGCCUCCUCUGCUGUGCUUUCCUCCACCACUUCCACUAUUGAGAGGAAGAAACCUAAAGGUAUUCUGAAACCCCAGAGGAGUUUUGACUCAGUCUUUCACAGCCCUCCUAAAGAAAACUCUCCCUCCCAUCCAUGUAACAAUUCUCCCCAGCCUUAUCGAACACACACACUUGCCCACGCACAUGCUGAGGUCCUGUCCACCAGCCUGCCGUCUGCCUCUACAUUCAGCCAGCCCUCAUCCAAAAUGCCCAAGAAGGGGAUACUAAAGAACUUGUAUGAAGGGGAGUCAGGUUAUGGCUCAUCCUCAGAUAGAAGGGGCUCUGGAGUUAAAGAGAGUGACGCAGGUGAUUUGUGCUCCCACAAGCAGCACAGCUGUCUCCCAGCAGCAGCAGAGAGUCCCACCAUGCGCACGGAGGCAGUCAGAAGAAGGAAGGGUAUUCUGAAACGCAAUGGCAAGUUUUCUCGCAGCCUGGAUCUCCCCGACGACCACCACUUGACUCCCUCUUCAGCCCCCGCGAUGUUCCCCGAGGCCCUGCAGCAGCUCCUCCAGGCCACGGGGGGCGCCGAGGGACGCCGCAGCCGCCCCUCCAGUGUGGUGAGCGAGGAUAGCCUCUUCUCGUCCGAUUCCUUUGACCUGCUGGACCUCAGCGCCCAGUCCCGUCGCAGGAUUUUCUCCCGGGGGAUGCAGCACAGCGGCUGCAGCUCUGAGGACGACCUGGAGCAGCUGAGAGCUGAGACGGUCAGGGUUGGCGAAGGCAGAGAAGGACAGAAAGAAAUACUAACAUGAGCCUAGGGAAUGAUGGAGGCAUUAUUGUGGUGAAAAUGAUAAUCAGUGCCUGCCAUCUUGAAAAGACUUACUGAGCUCUGGAAAGGUUGCAUCUCGAGUACGUGGACUCUCCUGAGCAUUGUACUGCCAGUGUAAAGCACCAUUUCUUGGCGUAUUCGUCUGUAUUGAACGAUAACUGUAUUCUUUGACAAUUUAACUGUAUUCUGGAUGUGAGGCAAUACAGAGAGCGACGAGACGUUAAGUGGCACCUAAAGGGGAUCCAAUAUCUGCCAAACUGCAGACAUAGCACCUGUAUGUGGCAGAAUGGACACUCUGUUUAAUGAACUUCCUCUAACCUCACCUGCACAAUAAAAUCCUCUUUUAGAUUUUACAACAGAUUUCUGUUCAGAUGAGCUUUGAAAAUCUGAGUCUGGAUGCUGUAGACUGUGGAUAUGUAAGCCACGUAUAAGUGGUGUCAAUACUGACAAUAAACUGACAACACAUUGACAGCUCUAUUGUGAGGAUAAAUUCUGCUAAACUAAACUGUUGUGAUCUCUAACUACCACUUUACCCUAUUUAGCAUUUAUACACACUAUAUAAACAUUUCAUAAACAGUUCUUAACUCACUAAAAUGUAGUUGUAAGCAGAUAUGAGGACAUAUUUAAGUGUUUAUAAAUGUACAAUAUUUGUCAACAAUUAUAACUUCUCCUAUGAAGACAAAUUUUAUAUUAUUAUAUUGUCAUUCAUCAUGUGUUUAGACACCCGUCUCCACAGGAGGAGUUACAAGCGCUGUCAACAAACACGUACAUCUGCACACAACUACAUUAUAGUGUGUCAUAAACCAGUCAUCAAAUGUUUGUAUACUAUAAAUGUUUAGUAUGGGGGGUUAAAGUACAGUGUUACUGUUUUCACUAUGUUACUGAGUAUAUUUGUACUACACAGUAUUACACUGUGCACAAUUUGCUCCUUUGCACCAACACACACAUUGUGAACAACAUUUUUAUCGUGACACCACCAACGCUGCUGUGGACGUUGUUGUAUGCAAUUUUAAAUCUGUCAUUUUCAUACUGUGAGACGAGAAUUCUGUUCAGUUUGUUCAAGAGUUUCUUUUUUUUUUAAAUAAAUAAAU